UUGUCUUUACCAUUGAUUAUCACCAGAAAUACUUUGAUAGUCUGAACGGCGAGAUCGACGCCGAUGUGGUCAAGAGUUUUAUGUAUCAACUGUUGAGAGGACUGGAGUUCUGUCACAGCCACAAUGUGCUGCACCGGGACUUAAAACCCCAGAACCUAUUGAUCAACAAAAACGGUGAACUCAAGUUAGCCGACUUUGGACUCGCCCGCGCUUUCGGGAUACCUGUGCGCUGCUACUCGGCCGAAGUGGUCACCCUAUGGUAUCGACCGCCGGAUGUGCUGUUUGGGGCCAAACUCUACACCACUUCCAUCGACUGCUGGAGCGCCGGCUGUAUAUUCGCUGAGUUGGCGAACGCCGGGCGACCCCUAUUCCCGGGCAGCGAUGUGGACGACCAGCUCAAGCGUAUAUUCAAGCUGUUGGGUACGCCUACGGAGGAUUCGUGGCCCGGUGUGGCCCAACUGCCCGACUACAAGCCAUUC